AUGAGCUGCCACAACUGCACACGACGGACGCUGAGCCUUUUUAUACAGUCAUUCGCCAAUGCAAAGCCCGUUUUUCCGACUGGCCGACCACUCAUCUACCCCCAACCAUCGCGAUUCCGCUCAGAUUCACGCCGACUGCAACGAAUAGAUCGGCCGUCCUCGGGAAAAACAAAAGCGCAGUCUGAUGUCGAUGCCGAGGUCGAGGACGCUCUUACAGGAGAGAUUCAAGCAAAGAACGAACGCCCUGCAUGGCAGGUGCAAAAGGAAGCCCUGAAGGAGAAAUUGGGAGGCGAAGCAUGGAACCCGCGCAAGAAGCUGUCGCCUGAUACCAUGGAAGGCAUACGUCAUCUGAACAGCACGCAACCCGAUAAAUUCACCACACCCGUCCUCGCCAAUCACUUCAAAGUCUCUCCGGAAGCCAUCCGUCGCAUACUAAAGAGCAAAUGGCGGCCCUCGGACGAAGAGUACGAAGAGAGAAUGGAGCGGUGGAACAAGCGCGGAGAGAGGAUAUGGUCCAACUUGGUAGAGAUGGGGGUCAAGCCACCAAAGCGGUGGAGAGACAUGGGCGUAGGCCGGGCACAGAAUGGAGAGCUACCACGAUGGAAGUCGAGAUAUCGGAAUCAAGUAUACGUCCAGGAUAGCUUUGGUGGGGAUCGCGCAAGCUACGAGCCGGACGAGGAUAUAUUGCCGACAGUGGGCAAAUCAGGCAAAUCGAAGCCGACGACUAGUAGUGUGCCGCUGUCACAGCGGUUAUGA